AUGUCGUAUCAACGUAAACUUGUCUUAGUAAUCAUUCACACCGUUCAAGAACAGGACUACGCUUGGCUCGCAUUUCAGGUAUUUAUAGUAGGUAGGAAACGACAAGAUUGCUAUGAUGGUAAUGGUAAAGAACCUGUCCUUAGCCCAAAUACGGGGCAUGCUGAUAUCGUUCGACGCCGUCAUAGUCCACGCCUACCAGUCGCAGCCACUUUCUGUUCGUAA